CAGUCUCAGAUUUAAUAAAUAAAACCAUCUGAUGUUUCCUCAAUUUAUGAGAAGCUUCUGCAAAGUUACUAGCUAAGGCUUUUAUUUUGAAGAACAACGCCGGAAGUUGCGUGUCUUAUUGCGUGGGUUGACGGUAGGAGGAGAGCAUCAUCGGAGCGGAGCCCCUCUGCAGCUGGAACGAGACAUCUGGACCGGAACCGGCCUGGGACCAGCUGUAGCUCUGGGGGUGGACAGGUGAGGGGUCACGUGGACAGAUAGCUGGACCUGUGCACCGUGGCGCGUGGAUACGGACACGCGCAGGUGUGUCUCAGUAUCCCUCUCGGAGCGCGUGCGGGGCUCCUUGGGGCCAGCAUGGCGGAGGAGACCCGGGUCAUCUACCACCUGGAAGACCAGGAGACCCCCUACCUCAUCCGGAUCGGCGUGCCCGCGCAGCGCGUCACCCUGGCGGACUUUAAGCAGGUCCUGAACAGAACCCACGCCAAAUUCUUCUUCAAGUCCGUGGAUGAUGACUUCGGGGUGGUCAAAGAGGAGAUCAGUGACGAUGAAGCUCGGCUGCCCUGUGUGAACGGACGAGUCGUCUGUUGGGUGGUUUCAUCAGACACCUGCCUUCCAGAUUUCAGGGGGUCAGACACUCGCUCUGUGGCCACACCCUCCAGCUUGGCCCCUCCCCCCAUUGAGAGGACAGGUGGAAUCGGAGACUCCAGACCCCCGUCCUUCCAUGCCACAGCAGCCUGUCACGAUGACCUGCAGGGGUCAGAGGUUAAAUCUCCAGUUCCACCAGCGGAGAAACAACAGCGGAGAGAUGUGGUUGACAGAGGAAGCCACCUGAAUGGACACGCCCACCAAGUAGCCAAUCAGGAUGGGGCGGGGCCAGCAGGUGCUGGCGACAGCUCAUCAAACCAACAGAGCAGCGAGUUAGAGACGACCAGUUUCUGCUCGUCGGAGGAAGACUCAGGAGGAAGGUUCAGCCAAUCAACAGGGCAGAGCAGCUCCUCGCCAAGACUCAUCAGGCGACAGCGGCGCCGCCACCGAAAGCCAAAAACACCACGGAUGGAGAAGUCGGCGUCUUUCAGCAGCGUCACUGACUCCACCAUGUCCCUCAACAUCAUCACUGUAACCCUCAACAUGGAGCGGUAUAACUUCCUGGGUAUCAGCAUCGUUGGUCAGAGUAACGACAGAGGAGAUGGAGGGAUUUACAUUGGCUCCAUUAUGAAGGGAGGAGCUGUUGCAGCGGACGGACGCAUUGAGCCAGGAGACAUGCUGCUACAGGUGAAUGAUAUCAACUUUGAAAACAUGAGUAAUGACGACGCUGUCCGAGUUCUGAGAGAGAUUGUCCACCAGCCAGGUCCGGUGACGUUAACUGUGGCAAAGUGUUGGGAUCCAAACCCCCGAAGCUGCUUCACGCUGCCAAGAAGUGAACCAGUCCGUCCCAUCGACCCGGCUGCGUGGGUGUCCCACACGGCCGCCAUGACUGGGAAGCUCCCCCCACAUUACAGCGUGCACGAAGAAAACCACCUCAACAUCCAUAGUGACAUGACAGUGGUUGUCAAGGCGAUGGCCAAUCCAGAGUCAGGGCUGGAGGUUCGAGACAGGAUGUGGCUGAAGAUCACCAUUCCUAACGCUUUCAUUGGUUCAGACGUGGUGGACUGGCUCCACCGUAACGUUGAAGGUUUUACUGACCGACGUGAAGCUCGCAAGUACGCCGGAAACUUGCUGAAAGCCGGAUUCAUCCGACACACCGUCAACAAGGUCACUUUCUCUGAGCAGUGCUACUACGUGUUCGGAGACCUGUGUGCAGAUCUGGCUGCAAUGUCUCUGCUCGACAACGAAGACGGAUCCUCUCAAAAAGGAGGAGGAGGAGGAGGACACGACUGUGAACCCCCAGCCUUCCCCUACCAGUAUCCCAUACCUCGUCCCUACAGCUCACCUCACCCGCUACACCACCUGCCGCCGGCCUGUGGGGGAGGAGGAGAAAGGAGUCAUCACAGCGGGGGAAGUCACAGCAGCCAAUCGGACUUCAGCGAUGAUCACAAGGCGGGCAAAGGAGGAAUGCAGCAGGAAUCGGCUAAUCAGGAAUUGAACGCUCAGCACAAAAUGGCCGACUGCCUGAGUGAUGGCAGCGCUCAGGGACCGCCCACGUCCUUCUCUGGUACCCAUGGUGAUAAAGAUAUUCCGUCGCCGUCUCGAGGUCAGCACCAAAACUUUUCAUCAAUCCAACCGGAAAUCUCUCGACAGUCCUUCCGCCUGGCCAUGGGAAACCCAAGCGACCUCUUUGUGGAUGUCAUGUGACCCAGUGAUUAUGAUGUCAUGUCCUGUCAGGUGACCUGGAGAGAUGUUCAAAAUCUGACAAAAAAUUAUUUGACCUAAAACUGAAACAAAAGGAAAACGUUUGAGGCACAUUUAGUCACUGUGAAGACCUGGACCUGAUGAAGGCCUGGAUCUAACAAAGACCUGGACCUCACAGAAAAGCUGUCACAACUGAACCAUAACUCAGACCUGAAAUCUGAGUCAGACCUGGAUCUGCCUCAGACCUGAACCUGAC